GAAUUACAAACCAAGAAGAGGAAGAAGACCAAGGCCCACCAUGCCCCAGACUCAGCAGAGAGCUGCUGGAGGUAGUAGAGCCUGAAGUCUUGCAGGACUCACUGGAUAGAUGUUAUUCGACUCCUUACAGUUGUCUUGAGCUUCCCGAGUCAUGCCAUCCCCAUGGAAGUUCCUUGUACUCAUUGGAGGAACAACACGUUGGCUUUUCUCUUGGCGUGGAUGAAAUUGAAAAGUACCAAGAAGGGGAAGAAGAUCAAAACCCACCAUGCCCCAGGUAACUUUCAGCAAUUGUGGACGCUUAAUUCUUUCUUAAUACCUGGAGACGACAGAUCCAGGGGAAAGCAGUG